AUGGAUCAAAAUGUUUCAGAUUCAUCUUCAGAUGCUGCAAAUGAGGAAUUUUGGGAGCUUGCCAAUUCAUCAUCAGACGAAGAAUUGAUGAAUCUGCAGAUUACUGCUCUACAAGAGAUGGGAAGAAGAAGACGCCGGGGCUCAAUUCCUGGUCGCAUAUAUAAAGAUAGACAACGAUUGCAAGGCCACGAAACACUCUACAAUGAUUAUUUUGCUGCAAAUCCUGUUCAUGAAGAAGUUGUAUUUCGGAGAAGGUUUCGGAUGCAUCGACAUCUUUUUCUUCGAAUUCUAGCUGCAGUAGAAGCUCGUGACUCCUAUUUUGUUCAAAAAAGGGAUUCAGCAGGACGUCUUGGGCUAUCGUCUCUUCAAAAAGUUACCGCUGCAAUGAGGAUGCUUGCCUAUGGAAUUGGGGCAGAUGCUGUGGAUGACUAUCUUAGAAUCGGUGAAAGCACAGCAAUUGAAGCUAUGAGAAGGUUUGUCCAAGCUGUUAUUGAUGUAUUUCGUGCUGAAUACUUAAGAAGGCCAACUUCUGAUGAUAUUUCCAAAUUGCUAUUGAUUGGUGAGAGUCGUGGAUUUCCUGGAAUGCUUGGUCGAGCCCCUCCAGUCUCUUAUAAGAUCAAUGAGCAUGAAUAUACAAUGGGAUACUAUCUAGCCGAUGGCAUAUAUCCUUCAUGGGCCACUUUCGUCAAAACCAUUCCAUGUCCACAAGGAGAGAAAGCAAAGAAUUUUGCUAAAGCUCAAGAGGGAUGUCGGAAAGAUGUAGAACGAGCAUUUGGAGUGCUCCAAGCACGUUUUGCAAUUGUUCGUGGACCGGCUCGUUGUUGGGAUCGUGAAAUGCUUCAAAAGAUCAUGACAGCAUGUGUGAUAAUGCACAACAUGAUUAUUGAAGAUGAAAGAGUUGAGCGUGCUGCACAAGAUGAUCUUGAAACUCUUGCAAGGCAAUAUGCUGAACCAGAUAUGGAUAUUGAUGAUGUUAUGGUUUCCCGUAAUCACACAAUAGAGUUUGAGGAUUUUAUCAGCAAUCAUUUGCGAAUUCGUGACAAGGGAACUCAUACUAUGCUCCAAGCAGAUCUAGUUGAGCACUUGUGGCAAAGUCACUUGGCUAAUAUCAUUGUUUUUAUUGGGUCAACCCUAUUAGAUAGACAACAGCUAUCUGGUAUAAAUGCUGUCUUUUAUUUCUCCUCAACUGUAUUCAAAAGUGCCGGAGUACCAUCAGGCCUUGCUAAUGCCUUCAUAGGAAUUGCAAAUAUAUCAGGAUCUGUUGUCGCAAUGGCUUUGAUGGAUAAAGUAGGAAGGAAGGUGCUACUGUUAUGGAGCUUCUUUGGCAUGGCGAUGGCAAUGGCUGUUCAAGUAGUUGCAGCAAGUUCUUAUUCUUCAGGCUCUGGUAGUGGAAUGAGAGGCUUGAUUGAUAAAUGCUACUUGUGUUAA